CAAAAGCACUUCGGGGCCUUUUGAGGAAAUCAUCAACAAUGUGGACCGUGACUCUGCUUCUGUGCUUUGGAAAUGUUCUCAUUGGAUUACAGGCCAGCACUCAGCAUCCGGUAAUUGAGCUCUCUGAAACAGCCUCUCCUGAUCUUUUAAUGCUGGAAAUGCAGAAAUCCAACGGCUCAGUUCGCCCAACUGAAAGAACCAGAGCACGAAUGCCACCGUCUCCCAUGUGCUCAGAGUCGACCAGAAUCAGAGACACCUUCAAAUGCGUCAACAUUAUGGUCUCCGUGCUUGUGUUCGUCGUCGGAAUAGUGGGGAACUCAGCGUUGCUUAAAGUCAUAUAUGUUAACAAAAGCAUGAGAAGUGGACCUAAUAUUAUCAUCGCCAGUUUAGCUUUGGGGGACCUGAUCCACAUUGUGAUUGACAUUCCAAUCAACUCAUACAGGCUCAUGGCAGAAGAUUGGCCCUUUGGUGUGGCUCUAUGCAAACUAGUUCCCUUCAUCCAGAAAACCUCUGUUGGGAUUACGGUGUUAAGCUUAUGCGCCCUGAGUGUUGACAGAUACCGUGCGGUGGUUUCCUGGAAUCAAAUAAAAGGCAUCUGGGUUUCUGUGUGGACAGCAGUUGAAAUAACCCUGAUAUGGGUUGUUUCUGUCCUGCUCGCUAUCCCUGAACUUGUCGCCUUUGAUAUGAUAACGAUGGACUAUAAAGAAAGGCAUCUGAGAAUAUGUCUGCUUCAUCCAAUGCAAACCACACAGUUCAUGCAGUUUUAUAAAUCGAUAAAAGACUGGUGGCUCUUUGGCUUCUACUUCUGCAUGCCGCUGACCUGGACGGCAGUUUUCUACGCCCUGAUGACCAGGAAGAUGCUCAAAAAUACUGAGAACACACUGAGUGAUCACAUUAAACAGAGACUGGAAGUCGCAAAAACGGUCUUCUGCUUGGUGAUUGUGUUUGCACUCUGCUGGUUGCCCCUGUACCUCAGCAGAAUCUUGAAAUCGACCAUGUACGACGAGAACGACCCUGAUAGGUGUCGGCUACUGAGCGUCUUCCUCGUCCUGGACUAUUUUGGCAUUAACAUGGCCUCCCUGAACUCGUGCAUCAACCCUAUUGCGUUAUACAUAGUCAGCAAAAGAUUCAAGAGAUGUUUCAAGGCAUGUCUGUGCAGCUGGUGUUUGCCUCUUCAAUCCGACGCUCAUGACGAAGCUCAGUCUGUUUUGAAGUCCAGGACGCAGGAUCAAGCCUCGGAGCAGACUUGCAACAUCAAAGCUCGCAAGGAGACGUCCACACCUCCACCUUCCAACAAUUACGCUGUUUGCAAAACUCAUGUGGAACCGUGA